GUCGGCGUUAAUGCUUCCAGAAUAUGAUUACGAUGCGAGCUCCUCGUCAACCUCAACAUCUUCAUCCGGUGUCUCCUCAUCAUUUCCGGGAGCAGCUCCACCAGCAUCACCACUCUCUUCAGUUCCCGAAACGGUAUUUGUCUUAACGCCUGAAGGCGCGACGGCUUCGCGGACGACUUUUCCAAGUAGAAGUAGCAGCAGCUUAGCACCAAGAAUCAGAACUGAUGGUGGAGGUCACCGUGUAACUUCUCCAACCUUGCAAGCAGUGUCCCCGCCGGCGUCCGCGUCAUUCCCAUCGUCGUUUGCCGGGCUGCCGGCAGUUGUGUCUCUCGUGGGUGGAAGUGGACCUGUCACAACGACUUC